CACUCUGUAAGCGCCGACGAAUAGAAGAAACCGCGGACUGUUAGCCACGAAACCAGUUUGUGACGAUGCUCCCGUAUUAAUCCGAAACACACGUCACGAUGGGGUAGUAGGAUCCAUGGACAGGUUACAAAACAGUGGCGUCCAAACUGUGGCGCAUUAGUAUAUAGUGGCAUCCAGGCAGGAACGCAUCACUGAGUGAAAAAUGAUGUAAUACAUCAAGGCACACCUACGUGUGGCACACAGACAGAACCACGUGACACUCCAAACCAUAGAAGAAGAAAGGACGCAUGCGCAGCACGCUCAGCUGAAGGCUUGGUCAUAGAUCGCAAAGGAGCUCCUACAUGUUGCUAACGCAGAAAGCAUGAAGCUUAAAAAACGCUGGGGAGCACGCACAUGUGUGUGUUUAGUGGUGGGAUUUUUAGGCCUGUUAGGCCUGGUGAUGGUCUCUCGGUCUGAGACAGAACCGCUCAAACCUCUAGGCUGGCACGUCAGCCCUCAGUAUAAAAAGCUCGUACACCAGCAUGUGCAUGAAGUUCUGGGGCGUGAGUGUCACCGCGGAAGCACCAGGAAGGGUUUUUUGGAUAGACUCCCUGCUUCCAGUCGCACGACCCAGCCUUUCCUGUGGAAGAACACGCCGCCUUCCAACGACCUCUUCCUGUAUCCACCCCCAUUUGGGUUUAAAAGUGUUAAGGGAAAAGUACCUGCCCUGCUUCAACAGCUACCAGACCCGAAGUCGGUACCGCCGCUCAAAAAGACUCCUGAUGAAUGCCAGCGCUGUGUGGUCAUGGGAAAUGGAGGUAUCUUAAAAGGCCUGGAGCUGGGUACUCUCAUUGAUCGUUUUGACACCAUUAUACGUUUAAACAGCGGCCCUCUGGGAGAGUUCAGCGUUGACGUUGGGAAUCGAACAAGCAUCAGGAUGAGUUAUCCAGAGGGCACGCCGCAUCACUGGCUCGACACCGACCCAGAAACUCUGUUUGUAGCUGUGGUGUAUAAAAGUGUAGAUGUCAGCUGGAUUUCCGCCAUGAUCAACAAGCUGACUGUGUCGUUGUGGGACUGGCUCUUCUUCUGGCAGAAUGUUCCGGAUGAAGUCCCCCUUGAACGCAACAGGUUCAGACUCCUAAAUCCACUUGUCAUCAAAGAGACCGCAAUGGAUCUGCUCAACUUCUCCCCACCUACAACACGUCUAUGGGGCUGGGACCAGAAUGUACCCACCCUAGGCGUCUCUGCACUGAAUUUAGCCAGUUUGCUGUGUGAUGAGGUGAGCUUGGCAGGCUUUGGCUACAACCUGGCCCAGCAGGGGGCUCCGCUGCAUUACUACGAUCAACUGUCCAUGAGCGCCAUGCUGUGGCAGAAGAUGCACAACGUUAGCAGGGAGACCCAACUCCUUAAAAGGCUCAUCAUGGAGGGAACCAUCACUGACCUGACAGGGGGGAUUCACUGCUCCUUCUGCCCCCAGUAAACCUCCUAUCUCCAAAAAUGGGAAUAUCAUGAAAAUAUUCCAUUUUUUUUCACGCAAUUCAGAGUGAAACCCAGUGGAAUAUUUCAUGCAAGUUUGAUGAUUGCGGCUUGCAGAUAAUGAAAACCCAAAAUGCAGUGUAUCCAAAAAUUGUGACAAGAGACUUUGACGUUAUUGACGUAUGGGUGUUGGUUUCAUCACCGACAUGUGUGUAACUUGCAACACGCACGAGCCAUUUAAAAUAAACAUUCGUGAUGUGUCCUGGGCUUUGUGUGUGUGCUGUUUUUAAAGAUAACGCACAUGUCAUUGUAUGUUUAAUAUCUCACUUUAUUGCCAUGUCCAGUACCCAGCAUGCAUCGAUGGAACUUUGUCAGUAACAACAAAAGGAAGCCUUACCAAGGAUUGAGUGCAGGGAAAUGAACAUUAUACUAAUAAGGCUGACAUUUGUCUUUGAAGUAUCCCUUUUCUAAAUCAAUCUUAUGUCAUCUUAUAUUUAGAGACUGAAUUUUGGGUUUUCAUUAACUGUAAUCAACACUGCAAGAAAUAAAGGCUUGACAUAUUUCACUCUGUGUAACGAAUCCAUAUACGUACUAUAUGGGUUUCACUUUCUGAAAUGAGUGACUCCAAAUACUGAACUUGUUGAUGAUAUUCUAAUUUAUGGAGAUGUACCUGUACAUGAUACAUUGCACUUUCUCAGAACUGCCUUUUCAAAGGACAAAGUACUUAAAAAAGACAAAAAAAUGGUAUGUUGAAAUGUUUCAACAAAAAGUUCUAUAUUUAAAAUGUUUUGAUUGUCCAAAAAAAUGCUUUUUGAAAUGCGUAAGCCCCACAGUUUGCAGAUGUUUUAACCAUAUGACCAAUUGCAUUAUUAAUAAUAAUAAUACUAAUCUCUUUAUAGACACAUAAGUACAUUACUUCACUAGAUAUUCUCUCGGCUGCCUAUAUAGUCCAUCAGCAAGCAAAUGUCGUUUUUUUUUUAUGUUAGUAUUGAUGACUUUUAGAUUGUAACGCAGUACAAGGACUGCGGUAUGUAUAUGAAAGAAAUUACAUAGUUGUUGAUCAUUAAGAAAAUGGGGGUUGAGCAAAUAGACCAAAACCGUAGCAGAAAUUCUGACUAUUUACAAUUUAAAGUGAUCAAAUGCGCCUUGACAAAGAAAAGUAAGGUUUUCUGAAUGUUGGACACAAUCUUCAUUUAGAAGCAUUUGUUCAAGGAAAGUAUUAUGCAAACACAAAACUAAAAUGGCAGCUUUACCGCAGAUUAUUUAUUUCUAAUUCGGUGGGGUGUUUUUGUUCCAUCUUAUCAAUGUUUACAAUAAAUCUAUACAUUUACUUUCCGGGAGCUUUCAGACUAAAUGCUGUUUGGUGUUACUCAUGUGAAGAAUAUACUGUGCAUGAGGUUGUUACAAUGUAUUGUUAGGGAGAUAACUGCUUUUUGUUAUUUAGAAAGUCAAAGCUAGUACAGGUGAUCCUCGGGUUACAAAGGAGGUCCCUUCCCGUCCCCGUGAAUUGUAGUGUAAGUCGGAACUCGUACCUUAAUGAACACUUAAUACACAGAGCACAUGAAUGGAGAGGAAAAGGAGAAGUGUUUAAUCUGGUCUUCCAGCCACAGCACUAACAGCCUUUCCAUCUCAAUAAUAAGACCACUACGCUGCUUAGUUGUACCUGUCACUUUCAUAGGAGCAGAUCCUUACGGGCUCAAGGAUGCUGACAUGACCUGGUAGUUAUGUGUAGUGGUAAAGAGUUUUGUGAUUUUCCCGCCAUGAACGUGACUGUGCGCGCGCGUGUGUGUGGGAGUGAUGUUAAAUUUCAUUCCUUUUACUGACUCGAGUUCUUACUCGCUGUAUGUAACGAAUGACUCAAAUGAAUCGGGUACCCGUUUGUUUUUCCAUAACAUAGCGCAUACACAGAAACUUGCACAUGAGCAACAAGUUGCACCCGUCUUGUCAAGCACACAUUAGUCAGUAAAGCUCAUCUUUGUUGAGUGCCGGCAAGUCAGUGAAACUUGAGUCUUUGUUGAGCACUCGUGAGUCAGUAAAACGCGAGUCUCCGUCACCUUAUUGAAGCACGGGUCUUCCUUGGAUACCCAUGAGUCUGUGAAACUUGAGACUUCCACAAGCACCCAAGAGUCAGUGAAACUCGACUCUCUGUCAACACGUGAAUCAGUGAAACUUGAUUCUUUGUCGAGCGUCUGUGAGUCAGUGAAACUUGUCAAUGAUGCCAUUUGAAAUGAACAGAGACGAGUACCCAUGAACUCAUUCACGACUCAUUCAUGACUCGUACAUCUCUACUGUAGUGUGUGGGUGUGCGGGCCGAGGAGGACAAUUGAGUUUGCUGAGGUUGUUUUGGUUUGGACAGUAACCUUUUUUAUUUUUGCGUUAAAGGGAUUGUUGAAGGACCACCUCCUCGUUAUUCUUACAACGUCCAGGUAGACAUUACAAUACCAUAUUUAUCCUUAAUGAUGCUUGCGACAGUCUGGUGUUGAGACCAAAAGUGUGGCCAAUAUUGAUGGGCUUUUCUCCUCUCUUGGCACUUUGAUUUCCUUUCACUUCCAUGGUGAUGGCUUUUGCCAUGUGUGCUGUGACUGGUUCUCGGGCAAGUUUUUACUCAUUUUAUGGGACCACGUUCAUAACCACAAAACAUUGUAACAUGCAACACUGUAAACUGAGGACCACCUGGUCGAUGUGAAACUCCUUUAGUGUCAUUAGUAAGGAAAUGCACUGAUUACAACAUUUUCACUUGUUUUUACACUGGUGGUUCUUUUCACUUCAAUAAAUACAUUCAUGCAAAUGAACUUCGAAAAUAAUGUACUUGUUUUAU